UCGUAGCGACGCUAGCGCCGCGCCGGAGGCUCCAGUCCGACCUCAGCAUCCCUCGUGGUGGUUUCGCGCGCGCAUCCGCCGCUAACGUGAGACCACUUUUCGAGGAAAAAAAAUCGAGAUUCCGUCCUAUCUCCGGCGAAAUUCACUGAUUCCACCCCCGUCGUCGCGUGGCAUCGUUUGACCGGCGCGAUUAAAAAUUCCGGACGACGUAAAGGGACGUUGAUCGAAAAGUUGUCCUCCAGGAAAGCUGGAAUAGUGUUUUAAUGAGAAAGAAAGACAGGUUUGCCCAUGCGGGGGAUGAACCAUGGGCGACCGAUGGGCGCGAGUGAACGAUCGAGGGGCGCGAAAGUCCGAUCGAUCGCGAGUGUCUCGAUCGCUGACGGAUCGUUCGCGUUCAACGCGUAAACCGGGUAUGCGAUCAAGAAGAUAGAUCUUUUCCAGACUUACAUCGGAUUCCGUUAACUUGACAACAGUAUAUACGUUUGUUCACCGCUUAUCGAGCAAUCUGUUUCCUUUCCGCGCACUUUGCCAGUUUCGUCGGUCUGAGUGCACGGAACGUACUCGUGGGAAUGCGGAGAUUUUCGGCGAAAUUGUGUGUGUGUGGGUGAUCGAGAAAUCUGGUUGACGUGGAGAAGACGCUUGAGAAUACCACUAAAAGUGUAUCGCAUUUCUUGACUAAAAAGAAGAGAAGUUGUCGGAUUCGCGGAGAAUUCUCGGGCGAAUUUAUUUUGCGAAAUCACUGUAUGGAACGUGUUCGAAGCGUUCGAAAUAAAUUCGAUCCUGGGAGAUUCUGUGGCAAUGAUAUGAUACUUGAAGUGAGAGUUCCAUGAAACACGUUUAUUGAAAUCCGGAUUAAAAAAACGCUCGCGUUAUUUUGUGCGAAUUUUGUUUGAAUAUAAAAGAGAUAGUAAUACAAAUGCGACGAGAAGAGCAUUCUGGUGUCGGUGAUAUUUAAAAAAAAAAAAACUGAUCAGAACUCGGGUGAGAGAAUACAUUCGGCGCAUUUGAAGUAAUCGAGUGGAAACAGUUCUGCUUUUCAAAUGUGAUAAACCUUACCGAUUUUGGGUAUGGCUUUGAAUGCUUCUGAGAUUCAAAAGAGCUUGAAUUUGAAUCGACUGCGACAAGCUACGUCCAAUAUGAUAUUCAACGGAGAUAUUUCUGCGGCGCUGAGUAAAUGUGUCAGCAAAAAUCCACAUUAAAACUUCAGUCUGCCUUCGAUAGCGCUGAACUCUACAUGAGUACGAAUCUUCCGGUUCUAAGCUGUACUUGAAUGCGAAGAUUCAUCCGUGAACUUUCCUUAAGAGUGGCGCGAUCUCGUAACUUUGUACAUAAAAUGCAUUUUUAUUUUUAUGUACGCAUAAACUAAAAAAAUGUACGCAUUAGAUUAAUCUGAUUUUUCGAAAAAAAGCAACGAAGCUUACAUACAUGUGUAAACAUUUAUUUCUGUUAGAAAUUCACAAUAAGUAGAAAAGGAAGAAUCUAAGGCUGAUUAAUGACAAAACUGAGAAAUUGUCAUUAACUGUAGAUGCGUGCAAUCUUUCAAAUCUAGAUAUAUUGAAUAAAUUCUAAGUACUGUACACGGAUUAUCUCAAACCCGAUGAAAAAUUCAUAAUUUUAAAGUGCUUAAAAGAAGGUGUGCAUAAUUUAUUUCAACAAAGGGAUGAUAGGAUUUCCUAAAAUCGCAAAAUUGUGUCAAAGGAAUAUACAUAAUCAAACAAGAUUUAUAUCAUAUUAUUAGUAAAAAAGUAAUCGGAUUAGUGUUUGUUAUAAACUUGUGUCUUAGAACGAAUUUAAUUUAGCUGCAAAAUAACGGGACGAACGCAAAAUGACUCUUUACACACACAGUCUUUUCCAUCACAUUAUUCUACACAUAAAUUCUUGAAGGUCUGCUAUUUGGAACAGACAUAGUUCGUGCCACGCAAAGUUAUAGAAAAGUGCGCUCAAGCAAGGAGAGUACUAUCGUUCGACGUUGCUGUCGGGAUGCCAGUGACCCGCAAAAAAAAUAAUUUUCCGCAGAUGAUGUGGAAUAGCAUAAACGUUUUUCGCGAGUGACUGAAAUGAGAAUCUGCGAGAAGCGUCGACAUUUUCACGAUAAGAAGGCAAAUAAGAAAUUGUCACAAGAUAAGAUUCUCACGGUACUCGGUUCGUGAGUAUCCGUCUGGAAUGGUUGGAGAAUCUUGAGACUAACGGUGUCACUUGUCACAAACGUAUAGUGAUUCUUAGAACAGAACCCGCGUAAACUGUAAAAAUACGGCCGCAAUAACAGUAACGUUGUGUUGCCCUCCCUUACGUGACCAGACCACGCGCAUGUUCGCGAAAACGAUUACUCCAAGUGCCGGCGAGAAGUACUCGUGAGGAUAAAGCUCCAACUGACUGACCGUUUGAUCGACCCUUUGCAGUGCAAUUGCAAUUUUCAGGUGAUUACAGUGUUAUGUGAAACGCGAAAAUAUAAACCGUAGUCCUUGAUGUUGGAAAAAUCGUCGGAUCGCUUUCCUCUUGUUACCAUGUUCUUGAUGGAGCGUGAAAUUUCUGCAUAAAGUGCAAUCGUGAUUAAUCGUUGUUUAAACGUUCCGUUGAACUUUUAUCGCGCGUAUUAUCAACGUAAUUACUCGGUUUUUCCUGAAAUCAAGAUAAAUUUACAGCAUAUGCCGCAUCGAAAUUAUAGUUUGAGUGCAAUAUAUAUGAAGAACGUCACGGAGCUACAAAUGUGAAACAGAGAUUACAUCAUUGUCGCAUAAUUCGUGCAAAACUACGAAGCACGAGAGAGAAAAAGAAAACAUCACAACGAAUCCGGAACGCGAGUUACUUAUGAGGAAGUGCAAGUGAGACAAAUAUAAUUGAAAAUAAAAUUUGCUUUCGAUCGAAUAUCGCCAAGAUAAAAUCAUAAUAUACGAUAUGCGCGAUCAGCUGUAACAAUAUUGACACUGUCAACGAACGAGACUGUCUUCGUCGUCACCAUCGGCGAUUGCGCGUCUUCCAGUGCUUUGCGAGAAGCUGUGUGCUCCUGCGGUCGGAGAAGUGUUGACGGUGCGUUCGAUUAAUUUCUCACUUCGCAGUGCGGUUUUUGCGAAUUAAGAUCAAAAUUGAAGUAGAUCGAUAGAGAACAUCGCAUCGAUAUCGCGGAGGAGAAUAAAAUAUGCAUGAGGAUAAAAGUGUCCGCUGUACGCUCGACGAAAGUGCGACGAAAUAUCUUUAAUAAAUUGUCAUCGCUCUCACGGAACGUCGUACCGUGCAUCGUCUCUGCGUUUUUUGCAUGGGAAACUAUCAAACAUUCUCGAGUGUUAAAAAUCGCCGCGAUUCAAGCCGCCGCUUCGAGGAUCGAUCGCCCUCGUAAGAUCGGAGAGUGUCAAAGGCCUGUGCUGGAAGUUGGAUAUUCUGCAACGAGUGCCCCAAGGAUUUCUCUCUUUUUGGUUACAUUCUCGUCCACCCGGCUUGAUUUCGUGCCAUUGUCUUCCGAUCGUUCGAUUCGGUGUUCCACGUGAAAAGGCGAUUUCCUCGAUCGUGUGUUCUUCAAAAAGAAGACGAGAACGACUUGCUUGGAGGAUUUCCAUGGAAUAGUUAUUCAUCAGAUGACCAGUAUGAAGCUUUUUCGCGUCAUUCUGGCGCUCUUAGGAGGCACACAAGCCCUAUGCGCACAACCAUCGGCGGCUCCAACUGUGAAAAGCACUGGUGGUUCCAGUCUCGCCAGUGUAGUAGCAGGAAGCAAACCGACGAGACCCUGGGACAAACCUCAAUUCGACGAUAUUGCACCGCGAAAUGUCACCGCCAUCGCCGGCCAGACAGCAGAGCUGAAUUGUUAUGUCAAGCAUCCAGGUGACCGUGUGAUCUCUUGGAUACGUAAGAGGGAUUUGCAUAUCCUGACGUCAUCGACUCACGCUUACACGGGAGACGCAAGAUUUUCCGUUAAGCAUCCUGAGGUAUCCGACGAAUGGACGCUGAAGAUUGCUUACGUUCAAAUGCGGGACGCCGGGGUUUACGAAUGCCAGGUUAACACCGAGCCCAAAAUGAACUUAGCCUUCAUGUUAAAAGUUGAAGAAAGUGCCCCUGUCCCUGCCAUCACCACACCGAACGCCAUUCACCGGACGUUCAACUCAGCUGCUCAGGCGACGAUCCUGGGGCCGGAAGACGUCUACGUGAAGAAGGGUAGCACGAUAAGCCUCACGUGCGAAGUUAAUGUACGAAGUAACCCUCCCAGCAGCGUUUCGUGGCAUCACGGGGGUGCCGUGGUGGAUUUCGACAGUCCCAGGGGUGGAGUUUCCCUGGAGACGGAGAAAACGGAUACCGGCACGACGAGCAGACUACUGGUGACACAGGCCAGAUUGACCGACAGCGGAAAUUACACCUGCAUCCCCAGCAAUGCAAACCUAGCGAGCGUAAUGGUCCACGUGCUGAAUGGUGAACAUCCGGCGGCGAUGCAGCAUGGCGGUAGUUGUGGCGUGGCUCCGACGAUUCUACUUGCCAGUAUCACGCUCGUGGUCGCGAACCUAUUUAGGUGAGCAGCCGCAUUGUGAGCCGCGCAUCCUGAACAAAAAAAGUAAGAGAAAAAAAAGAAAAAGAAAGUCAAACGUUCGAAACAACGUCCAGUGUGAACACGGUGGUCGCGUGAAAAUGAGUGAAACGGGGCUCGGAAAAAUCGCCCGGCCGACCGCGACCGAUCGCUUUAAAUUCGCGUGUCAGUGAAAAGGGACGGAACACGCUGCGCGUAUCCGUUCCAUCGAGUGCUCGGAAGCGACGACAAGAGAAUCACAGUGCGGGUCGAAGUGCAGUGGACCAAAGCUCUGUGAAGCAGUGACGCAGUGACAUGGCGGACGAGCUUUAGCACGUACGUUUUUAACACGAAAAUCUUAUCUCAGACUCUACCCUUCUUUUGUACGGAAUCGUCGUCGUGUUAAAUGCGUCUCGGCGAGAAGUGCCGGACGAUGAUCCUAUCCGCGACACCCUCGACGAGGUCAUUGGUCGAACGUGUCAUGAGCGUUCGCCAGAGAGAUCCUCUUGCGCUUCUUGCUGCUUUUUGUAUUAUUAUGUCGACAUGUUAAAUGUGGCUCAACGAAUUCACGUGGACUCGUCUCAGUGAUGAAGGAACUGUUGUUGAGAUUUCGUUACGAGGAAGCUCUGUUAAGGUUUGUAUUUUGACUAACUAAAGGACAGGCCUCGUAAUAUACUUUACGUAAUGACGAUCGACAGAACGACAAGCUGUGCUCGGCAGAGAGUCGGAUUGAUCGCACGAUCUGCCGCGAUUGCCAAUGUUUCCGAAUCCAGCAUCGAUGGCUGGCUCCGUUCGAUGGUUACGAGAUAAUUAUUGAAUGAAAUCGAAAUUUAUAAUCUAACGAUUGUCAACUAGUUGCGUAAUAAUGAUGGGAUAGUUAAGAUUCUUGUACAUAAAACAAGGAACGAAUAAACGUGUAGAGUUCGCCACGAUCUUGUUGUACAGUACAAUGCACGUGCGAGAAUUGUCACGUAAUUAAUUAUCGUUUUACAUCAUUUGAUCUGGGCAAUAUUGUAUAUAUAGCUUGCAGCAUCGGUUAUAAUAUGUACGAGGAAAAUUCUAAUUUAAUUUUGCAUAUUUCAGAUAUUUCAGCAUCUUGAUCGUGCCAGAUAUUUUUUUCAUAUUUUUCAGAUUAUUUGUGUCAUUAGUUUUGCCUGGGCUCAUUCGUUUAAUCUUUAACAAACGUGUAAUUGUUGAGAAACAGUUGCAAUGUACGAAAUUAAUAAUUGAUGCAAGAAUGAUGCACUAAUGUUAUUUCUGUAAAGGACUAUAAGAAUAAUUUGCCACGGAAAUAAUAUAAAUUAGAUUAUAUUUUUUUUAUAUAAUACGGCAGAAUAUUUUUGUUCUGUCGUAUUUGUUGCAUUCAUACUACAAAAUAUAAUUUUCGUUCUCAAUGGAAAUUGAAAUGUUUGUAAGUUCGUUAAUCAAAACAAGUUUUUGAUAGAAUUGCAAAAUUGUGCAUAUUUAUAUAAUUAAAUUUUUUAUUUAGCUGGCAGCUGAAAAUAAAAGUUUAAUUUAGUAUUGUUAUAAAUUUAAAGUUAUAUGAUAUUUCACGAGAUUUACGUUAUACAAGUAUGAUAGGUAUUUGUUCUGUUAUUUAAUUUAGAACAAUCUAAAUUUUUUUAAAAGAAUAUUUGAAAUACAAAUAUAGUUUUGAUGAAAAUUAUUAUCUUACAGGAAAGAAAAUAUUGACGUGCAAGACUAAAACUUUUGGCAUAACAUAUUUCGAAACAAUCAAAUGUGUUUCAAUGUUUAAAUUUCAUUAACUAAUUGCGUGAUUAUUUUCAAUUACGUUGAACACAGGAAAAAGGUGUCAGAAGAGUGGUUUCAGUAUACGGGAUUAUCAUUCCAUAAAAGAGAAUGAAAAAAUAACGAGAACUGAAUACACUUUAGUGAUAGUAGGUGAUAAAUAGGUCUAUUCUCGAUAUGUUUCUGUUUGUUUAUUGCAUAUAGAAAUGUUUAAUGUUGAAGAAUAACUCUUAAAUGCGUAUCUUGUUUUGUCAUUCAAAUAAUCAAAACGCAAUUUGCAUAUCGAAGCAAUGUUUCUCCUCCAAGCAUAUAAUAUUUUACUUCUAAAAAUUUAUUCAACUCGUGUUACGGUGAAUGAGAAUAUCAGAAUGAUUUUUUCAGAGAUCAAAACGCUGCAAAAUGAACUUUCUGAUCAAUCAAAAUAUAAUGAAACGGACAUCAACUAUUAUGGAUAAUGGACGUUACAUUAAAAUAUGAUACACAUGAAGCUCGUGUAUAGAUAAGUGGAUAUGAAAAAGUAAUACAUACAUAUAUUUAACUAGGUCAGUAAUAAGCGUUCGUUGUGUAUCGUGAUGAUAUUACGUCGAUAUGCGGAAAGUAUAAUUCGGAAGAUCAAAGUGUAAGUAUAUAAGAGAAACAAAAGUCCCUUUGUAGAAAUAACAAAAAGUCAUUUCUCUUGUGCCAUAUAGUAGCUCAUUUACAUUCUCCAUAAGGUGUUGAUAUUUGACAUAGUUAAAUUAUUAUUAUUGUUAUUGUUAAAUUGGUCAAUUGUAUAUACAUUACAGACACCAUAUAAAUAUAUGAAAUUUUAGAUUUUAUAUCUUUAUAUCAUUUAUUUAUAUUGUUUCUCGUUCAUACAUGUAAGAAAUUAAUAAUUUUCUAAAUAUUCAAAUUAUUUAUGAGAAAAAUGGAGUAAAUUAUUUAUUAUAUUUCGCAAAUAAAUCAAAUAACUUUGUAUAUAACCAUCACGAUUUUAUACUGUUAAAACUCUGGAUUCGGUAAUUAAUAAAACACGGAAUAAAAUUCCGUAUUUCAACGAAAGUUUAUAAUAGCAAGUAUAAUGUGAGUUACAUUAUAACAUUAAAUUGCUAACAAAGUUUGAUCAAAUUUAUCUUCUUGCGUAUUUUAAGAAAUCAAUUAAAUCUUAAUUAUUUAAUUGAUAUUUAAUUUGAUUAUCAUUUAUGAUUUUUCAUAAAUUAAUAUUUAUGAUUUUUUACAUAAUUAAUUUCUUCUAAAUAAAGUCGUUUUUACGAGAAGAAAGAAUACGAGGGAAAAAACAAGACCCUAGAUCUGAUGAUUAAAUAAUCCAAUGCACGUAAUAUAGGAUAUAGGGAUAAAUCAUUAGGUAAUAGGUUUAUUACGACGUAUAAUAUAACAUGAGUAAAGAGAUAUAUCAUAAUGAUUAACAUGUUAAGAUACGAUUUAUCUUAGAAAUCAUAGAUUUUUUAUAACGUUGUAGCUUGAAAACGCAAGAUCUGUCUGCCGGUAAAGAUUCUUCGAACAUUCCUGGCUAUCUUAGACGGAGUCAAAUCGGAGGAGAAAUGUCGCGGUGUUAUAUCAUUUUACAUAUAAUUUGUAGUAUAACUUACGUUGCUAAAUGAAUGACAAAUCCGUUUGUCAAAUGAUGGUACUCUGAAUGGAGUUGCGAAUGCAAUAUAAUGGUAAAUAUAAUACAAUAGCGCGAGGAAAGUGAUUAAGAUGAUCACAUAAAAAAUUAAGUGAGGUUUGUUUUUUAUAAAUAAAAAAUUAUUUUCACCGAUUGGUAUAUGUAAAAUCAAAAUAUUUAAUCAAACUCGAUUCAAUCAAAAUUUAUAUUCGCGAUGCUUCUUGUUUUAUCGUUUUAUGACAAAUUUUGCUGUGAUUUUUUACAGCGAAUACGGCUCAAUUAGAAAAUUUGAAUACAUUUCUAUACGUAACAAAAGAUAGAGGAAAAGAUGGAAGAGAGUGAAAGAGAAAGUGAUCAAACAGAAAAAUAUCGAGAGUACUAUACCUGUUUGUGAAUUAGAUAACUAAUAUCUGCGCGCGAUUCGUAUACUUGCGGAAUGUUGCACAUUACAUAGUUAAGAUUAGAUCGUAUUGUACAUAAAAUUCAUAAUCCAUAAUGUAUCAUGUUAUAAGGGUACUUAAGCAUAAAUCAAAAAAACAGGAUUAAAGCGGAAGGCGAUAUAGAAUAUUAUAUUGUAAAAAUAUCCAUCGACGUGAAUACACUGUUUCAAUAAAUGUAAUGAUGAUACAAAAAAAA